GCAACACCUGCCCUAGUUGCCGUUUCAUCACUUAGUCUUCUCUUCACUACCAUCAAGAUGGCUGGAAACUUUCAGGAAAUCGCGAAGCAAUUCGUCGAGUAUUACUACCAGACCUUUGACGCCAACCGCGCCGGCCUUGCUCCUCUCUACCGCGACCACUCGAUGCUCACAUUUGAGGCGCAAGGAGUGCAGGGAACGCAGGCCAUUGUUGAGAAGCUCCAGACCCUGCCCUUCCAGCAGAUACAACACCGUACCGAUUCCGUCGACGCUCAGCCAUCCGCUGAUGACGGUAUCCUUGUCAUGGUCACCGGCGCCCUUUUGGUCGAAGGCAACGACAGGCCAAUGAGCUUCACCCAGGCUUUCCAGCUCAAGGCCGACUCCGGCAACUACUACGUCUUCAACGACAUCUUCCGACUCGUAUACCCCGCCGCGUAAGCAGCCUGCUCAGGUCUUCGAGACCACUUACGCGAUUCGCGAUUUCUUUCUGGGUUUGGAGCAUUUUGGCGGCGAAGGCACUAUAUGGAAGGUGGGAAAAGUGGAGGGAUCGCAUGAGCAUGGAAGUGUACUUGGUGCGCAGACUGCCAACCUUUGCCACGGCUGAUCGUCUAAGUACGAGGCCACUCAUGAUAUCUCACACGAAAGGAUCAGUCGAAAUAUACUCAAAGUUGAACACAAUCUGGGUCGGUUUGUCUGAAUGUGAUUUUCCGGCUUAGCUCUGCCUUGCAACGAA